AUGAGCGAUUCUUAUUCUGAAGACCGGGUUGUAAGAUUUAUCGAAUCUUUACCCGAUGAAACUUUGUGCCCUCCGUGGGUUGAUCAACAGGUGGACCCAAAUCGCGUCAAACUGGAAGAGCAAGGUGAACACACAUCGAGAGGGCAACUACCAGAGAAGCAGCGCAAUGAAACCGAGACACACUUUAACCAAGCGGUUGAGGGACGGGGAGCUAUAACCACCACGGUUAGUUCAGAGAGCCUCCGUUUACUGUUAAAGCCCAUGGGACGGCAUGAAUGGACAGCCCAAGGCAAUAAAUGGGAAGAAAGGUUCCUGGGUGGAGAAAACGAAGACAACGCACUAUGGUUACGCGUACACUCCAAAAAGAUGAAGAGUGAGCGAUGUCGAAAGCUCUUAAUGUUCAUACACAACCUAUGGCUCCUCCACCAAGAGGCUCAUCUGGCCCAUGGUAUGGACCAACAGACGUCUGCUGUUCGUAGGGCCGAGCAUGCGAAGAGGUUGAGAGAUCUGAUCCGCGUCAUCCAUUCUGCGGUUGAUAAAAUAUGCGCCACGGCACAUGAUGACCUGUCGAAGAUGCCAGAGGAAAGGGAACAUGCUGGCAAUACCGCAGGGACCUUGCGGUGUCAAAUCAUUCCUCUGCUCCUGUUGGCCGCAAAGGCAGUCUUUAUGACGGGGAGCCAAGAGAAACCGAGUGAUAGCUCCCAGGCCCUGCCUACAGGAGGAACCUUUACUGUUUCUGCAAUCCAGAUAAUGCGUCAGAUUAUGGACUGGGUAAAAAGACUACACUUUGCGAUGGUCAACGAACUGGAGGUCAAUCCGCCCAUUUCCGAGAACGUGGAUAUUGAAACGAGGCGUAGAGAAUCUCAAGAAAUAUCCAAAGUCCUCCACCAGCUCAAAUUACCAAACCGGCACAUCAUGGACUUUGCAACCAGUCUUACACAAGCAUACGAGGAGUUGGAAGAAGAGGCUAAUAGGCCAAAGAGGAAGCGAGAAGCCAUGGAAGAAGAUAUACGCAUACGGCAAAAAAGAGAGGACAAAAAGAGAAUGGAGGAGGAGGCGGUCGAGCGGCGCAUGGCACUGUUUCGAUCAUCAACUCAAGCAUCCCAUGCACGAACAUUGACCCAGAAUUCCAACAGCCAGGAAGCAGAAGGUCACGGACAGACACAGAGGGAUGCAGACGAAGACCAAUUUACUCAGAUGCCAACUUCACAGGGACUGGCUGAAGUUGAUCCAGCCUCUAAUGCUCACAGAUAUCGCAGACGCAGUCAGGAAUUGAGGCGCUGGGAGAAGGAGGAGCGGCCGGCCAUUAGCCAAUCAAGCCAGAGCAUGCCGCAAGGCGAAGCUCGUCAAAAAGUCCAUUGGUCCUAUGAAGAGAGCAAUAUUCUCCUCACACUGAUUCGCACGACGUCACAACCAAGCCUGGUGGAUUUAGCAGAAAAACUACCGGGACGGAACGAGCAAGAGAUAAGAAAGAAGAUGGGCGAGCUCAAGGAAACGUCGCGCAGAUUCUACGAGGAGCGUGGGUUGAUACCCCCGAAGUGGUGUUGA